AUGGUUCCUGAUAGAGUCCUUUCCUUGGCUUUGCUUAAUGUGACGGGUGGAGGUUUUCAAUGUUUUCCAAAGUUGGACCGACAAACGUUCUCGGUUGCUUACCGUUUCUUGAAAGCUAAGACUCCUGAACAAAGGGCUGCUGUUGACUUGGACACCCAUUAUUCACAAGAAUAUCUUGAAGAAUACGUUGGAACAGAUAAGAGGAGAGCCAUCUUAUUUCAGGUGGUUGCUAAUCCCUUUAGGUCAUUGUACAAUGCUUUGAUUGAUGCAAUCCCUCUUCAAUAUGUUAAAGGUAUAUCCACAACUGGGAUGCAAUCUAACUAUGGUUUUGAUGGUCAACUCAAUGCAUGUUGGACACACAAAAUGACUGAAGCAGAGAUUGAGGAGAUCAAAUCUGCAGGUUUUCUUGUUUCAGUCAUCCAUGGCAGGCAUGAUAUAAUUGCUCAGAUAUAUUAUGCAAAAAGACUUUCUGAGAGGCUUUAUCCAGUUGCCAGAAUGGUAGAUCUUCAUGGAGGUCAUCUAGUAAGUCACGAGCGGCCUGAAGAGGUUAAUCAAGCGCUAUUUGACUUGAUCAAGGCAUCAGAAGUGAAUAUGAAACCGCAUGAUUGGACCAAUUUGCCAAAGGAAGAGUCUUGGUGGAAAGAGAAAAGAGUGCUGAUGAAAACAAACAUUCGGGCUGGAAGCAAUGUCUCCCUUAAAUGCAUGUAUGAAAAACUGCAUCUCUGCCUAUUAUACGUCUUUGGUCUCCUUGUUUUAGCAUUUGGAUAUGGAAGAAAGCUUCUAAGAAGCUUAAAACCAGUUCGAGUUGGAGGUUCCACGCGACGCAUUUUACAGAAUGGUGGAGAAAACGCACCUGAUAAGGUUGAUAUUUGUGUUGGAAGUUGGCAGAGAGAAGAAAGGGGAAAGAAAAAUGACGCAGAGAACGUGUAA